AUGCAGUCUUAUACGACAGCCGCGCCCAGUGCCUCAUCCAACGAAAGCUCCAAAGAACAGGAAAUCAUAAGACGCUUUCUUUCUAAUUUCCUGGAUAGUAAUAACAAUCCAUCUUUAUUAGAAUCCAUGCGGAUAGUUCAAUAUGUGCCUAAUAAUAUUAAGAGUCUGCCCCCGAUUGAAGACAGAUCUAAUCCGCUGGGGACCAUUGGCGAUGGGUAUGAUAAAGCUAGAACAGAUAGACAACAGCGGAAGAAAAUUUCCAAAAUAAUAAUACUUGGGCAGGAAUGCAUUUUAUACGCUCAUAAACAACACCAAUACACGCCAAUAAAUGGAUUUUAUGAGAAAUGUUGCUUAGAAGCGCUUGAAAUAGUAGAAUAUGAAGAAAGUAUCAUGAAUACGAUUAAAAAUGAAAUAUAUCGUAUACCAUCUAUAAUCAAUAGUUACGAAGUAGAAGCUGCUGAUGUUAAAAAUAAAAUCAAGGAAUCUAAACGGUGUCACGCUCAGGCUAUCAAAGAUCGUGAAAAAUAUCUCUUGAAUAAGGUUGAGCAUAUACGUCAGACAAAGACGAACGAGUUGUCUGAUUAUAUGGCUCAAAUGCAGAGUAUACUCGCUGGUUUUGGUCGUAUCAAUGAAAGUUUAGAGGAGAGCAUGGAUGCUGAAGAAACAGAAUUGACUACGACAAAAAAAUCGAGUAGAUCACAAGUGGAAUACUUUACGGCCAUAUUCCAGAAGAUGGGUGUCACUGAGGAGAGAGUCGCGUUUGUUUUACCCGACGACGAAUUAAUGGAAAUUUUUAAGAUUAUUUUAAAAUAUCGAUCAUAA